CUCACCAACACGACACACUCUCUCAAUCUGCUUCACGACGACUGUCCUUCACUCUCUGCAACGUCACGCGCACCUUCAAACGACACAAGCCACCGACUAAGAAAAACAUCACCGCCAAGGCGAGCUACCAAGCACUUCACCAAGUUGCUCUCGGAUUUGAUCUUGAACUUCAACAUCAACCUCGACUCCAAUCUUCAUCUUCUACUCCCUACAACAACCUAUCUUUGCUACCACCAUUCCACCACUCAUCACCACCGUCAUCAUGUCGACUCAGAACCAACCCAUGAACCGCCGUCCUUCCUGGGCCAAGAACAAGAAGUCCUACCGCCACUACCUGCGCACCGAUCUCGCCAAAGACCGCACUCCGGGCGAGGACUAUGGCCUGGACAACUUCUCCUACGACCACACCCACGUUCCCAAGUGGCAGCUUCCACACGACAUCAUGGAGCAUCUUCCUGACAUCCUGCGCACCACCGCCAAAGACUGGCAGCUCUCCGGUGCCGCCGUCAACACCGCUCUUGACCGCAUCAAGGUUCUUGAAGCUGAGUGCAUCACCCGCGGCUACCCAGACAAGACGUUCGUCAAUUCCCUCUCUCGCCGUGUCUCGGACCUCUCCCCUUCCACCGCCCCAGGUGCCGCCAAUGCCGACACUCCGCCGAUGUACUCGCCUGUCAUCGCCAGUCUCGGCCACUCCAACUUCCCAAACUACAACGACUCUCACGAUAACAAGAAAUCCUUCGACGGCAUACCUCCUCAGCAGCAGCAGAUCAUGGGCAUGGAGUCUCCACCCUUCACUCCUCUCGACAGCCAGACUUGCUCCACCCCAGAGAUGAUCUCGCCAACCUCGUCCAUGGCUCCGCCUGCCGUCCCUGAUCCGCACGCCCUCACCCGUCAAAUCUCCACCAUCUCCACACGCAGCCGCAAUGACUCGGCCGCUUCUUCCUUCAAUAAGUCAUUCAAAGACUCCGCCGUCGCAGCCUUUGACGAGCGCGCUUGGGACAUCUACAUCGGCAGCUACGAAGCCGAGCUGGUGGACAUCAAGACCGUCUCGAUGCCUCGCCUCCGAGGGCAGGGUAUCUUGCUUGAGCGCUACUCCGCCGAGCUCAUCCGUGAGCCACAGUGGAAGGCCGCGAUCACGGACUUCAUGGCUUGGUUUGCGACGAUGAAGCCUAUGGUCGCCGACUACGACCGCCAGGUCAAGGAACUCGAGUUGCCAAGCCUCGAAUACGUUCGCUUGGAGCGUACCGCGAGAGGCAUGAGUAUUUGA